UAAUCGCCUAGUAAAUGACUAAAUUACCCUAGCCUUCACCUAACCCAACGCUAAAACUAAAAGUACACACUGCGAAAGAACGAAGCAUUCGUGUGCGGUAGAGCAGACUCCAUCUUCAUCGUCAAUGGCUUCUACCUUUUCACCUCUGUCGAAUGUUGUCGCCUCGUUUCCGGGCUCGAAAUGCGUUUCACAGAUUGGAAUAGUGAGCCCAACAUGCAGUUCAAUCAAGCUUCCCAGCAGGGUUUCUUCAUCCUCGAGUUUAACGACGUCGUCUGACUCCUCUCGUCUUUUAUCUCUCAAAUCCUCAUCAUCUCACCUCCAUUCUCGGGGGAAAUUUGGUCUUCGUAGCUCAAUUCGAGCUAGUGCUGAGGGGACAAUUUUUCAGGCAGCCCCUUUACAAUCAAAAGUUACCCACAAAGUAUAUUUUGACAUAAGCAUUGGGAAUCCAGUUGGAAAGCUUGUUGGAAGAAUUGUCAUUGGAUUAUUUGGUGAUGAUGUACCCCAGACGGUUGAGAACUUCCGUGCCCUUUGCACAGGCGAGAAAGGCUUUGGGUACAAAAACUCUGCAUUCCACCGUGUCAUUAAGGAUUUCAUGAUUCAAGGAGGGGACUUUGACAAAGGGAAUGGAACUGGAGGUAAAAGUAUUUAUGGCCGCACUUUUAAAGAUGAGAACUUUAAGUUGACUCAUGUUGGUCCAGGAGUUGUUAGCAUGGCAAAUGCAGGGCCCAAUACCAAUGGAAGUCAGUUCUUCAUAUGCACAGUGAAGACACCAUGGCUGGAUCAGAGGCAUGUGGUAUUUGGGCAAGUUGUGGAAGGAAUGGACAUAGUUAGACUAAUUGAGUCACAAGAGACCGACCGCGGAGAUCGUCCUAGAAAGAAGGUCACUGUGAGUGACUGUGGUGAGCUUCCAAUCGCUUGAUUUUCAUCGUCCCAUCAGUUCUAGUCAAAUGUCUGCUCCCCUUGGGAGCUUAGAACUAGUUUUAAUAUAUACCCUUUUGGGGGGUCUUUUUGUUUGAGUUAUGCUAUUGAGAAGAAGCCUAAAUUUUUCACUUUGAUCGGGUAUUGCUUUCAUUGUCAUCAUUGGACUCUACACUAUAGUCUAUAUACCUUAUUGCUUUUGAUUUGUAAUGGGUCAUAGUGUUUGAAAGUCACAUGAACCAGGCCUUCAGGCUCCAGCUAUACUUAUUGGGCCUUUUGCUUCAGUUAAACUCAUUUGGGCUCUCUAGUUUGCCUAUCCAAUGAAUAACUAUACUUCGAUACUUCUACGGGGUAUGUUGAAAAA